ACAAGAAUGACCACUCCCUCCCCGACUAUCCUCCUCCCCGACCUCCCACCAAAGACCCUCGUGGGCAUCGACCUUCUCACCUUUACUUCCACCUCUAACUUCCACGGCAUCCGCGACCUCCCGCCGGGCUGGCACUUCCUCUACACCGGCACCACGGAAAGCCUCUCCCUGCGCUGCGGGAGCUGGUUCUACGUCGGUGACGAGGGCAACAUUACUGGUGGUAGUGGUAGUACAAACCAUGAAACUACGCGCGCUCUCGUCGCGCGCAGCCAACAGGCUGGUCAAGACAUUAUAGUUUGGAAAUGGGACACGGAAAGCGAGACGCUCGCGCCGCUGAGCGCCGACAGCGACGCGGAUAGGCAGGAGGCGAUGCGCCGGAAGGCAAAUCUCGGGGCGAUCUAUUCUCGGGGCGGGCUGUUUCGGUAUCGGAGUCGGGUGACGGCGGCGAUGUUGGCUAUGCAGAAGCUGCGGCAGAGGCAGCUGCGGCAGGGCGGAGAGGAGGAUGAGAAGGAAGGGAGGAGGGAUUGGUUGGGGUUGACGAAUCGGAUUACCGGGGAGCUCUUGGAUCGGAUUGUGGGGGUCCCUGUUGUGGAUGUUGAUGGGAGGGCGCGCUGGAUGGUCACGUCCGCGAGUACGGCGUUGAGGGAUAGUGAUGCCAUUCCUGGGGUGACGGUGCAGAAUGAGGAGCGGGGGAUGGAUGAGGGGGCCAUUGAGAGGGUUACGGGGGAGAAGGAGAGGGAGUUCUCGUUUGUGCCGGUGGAUUUGAAGAGGACGUGGAGGGAGGGGGCGGUUGGGAGGGAGAGGACGGAGGCGGCUCAGGAUCGCUCGUGGGCGCUGGGCGACCUGAUCAGCAGGGUGUCGAGGUCUAACGGGACUGUCAGUGAGCAGGAGCGGGAGAGGGUUGGCGAAGCCCAAUUGCUGGGGGAGCUGCAGUUUUCCUUCUUGAUGAUCUUGACGCUGAUGAAUUACUCGUGUCUGCAGCAGUGGAAGCGGUUGCUGGGGCUGAUUCUCACGUGUCGCAGCGCGAUUCGCGAUCGAGAGUCGUUCAUGAGUGAGCUGCUACGGUUGCUCUUGCUUCAGCUGCGGCGCUGUGACGACGUGGAGGGUGGCCUGUUUGAUCUGGAUGGAGAGGAGGGGGGAGUGUUCCUGCGGAAAUUGCUGACCAAAUUCCGCGCGUCACUUUAUGAGGUUGUUGAGGGUACAAAUUCUGCGGUUAAGACCGAGUUCGAGAAACUCGAAGCAUUUGUGAGGGAAGAGUAUGAUUGGGAACUCAAUCGUGAUGUUAUUCUUCGGCGAGGUAUGGUUCAACUCGAGGAUGGUGAAGAGGUUGAGCUAGAGGUAGAAGGGGACAAUGAGGAGGAGGAGCACGGAGAAUACGCUCCUAUGAUAGUGGAUCUUGGAGAGGGUACUGGAAAGGAUGAUAGCGAUUCCAGUCAGAACUUGUAA